AUGCAAUCUUUAUCCGAUAUCAAUUCCAUCGUUAGUCGUUAUUCAACGUGGAUCGACUAUGUUCUCUUUCCAGAAAUGCGCACCACACCGAACCGAACCGCACUGCAUCACACCGCAAUAAACCACACAGCACCGCACUGUACUACUCCGGACUGCACCGUAUCACACCCCACAGCACCACACUACACAACACCGCACUGUACGUUACUGCACCGCACUGUACCAUACCACACCACACUACACAACACCACAUCGUGCAUCAUGAUACCGUACCGCACUGUACCACACCGCAAACCAAUACACAGCACCGCACUAUACCACACCACACUACACAGCACCGCACGAUACCGCACCGCACUGUACCACACCACACUGCACAGCGCCGUACAGCACGAUACCGUAUCGCACUGUACCACACCGCACCACACUACACAGCACUGCACGAUACCGCACCGCACUAUACCACACCACACUACACAGCACCGCACGAUACCGCACCGCACUGUACCACACCACACUACACAGCACGACACCGUACCGCACUGCACCACACCGAACCGCAGUACACAGCACCACAUGGUACCGCACCGCACUAUACCAUACUACACAGCACUACACAGCACUACACCGUACCGCACUGCACCAUACUGA